UCUCAACCCAGUCAGUUGAAAGAUACAGAAGCGAAAUGAUCUCGAAGUGGUUCGGAUGUCUGGUUCUCAGCUUGGCAGUGAUUUCUGCCCAGGGGGAAGUACCGAUAGUGACGCGCGCCGAAUGGAAUGCGAAGCCCCCUAGCGGACCCAUGGAUAGCAUGAAAAAUCCACUACCCCGAGUCGCAAUUGCUCAUACAGCCGGAAAUAGUUGCAGUGACGAUGCAGGAUGUGCCCUGGCCAUGCGCAACAUGCAGCACUUCCAAAUGUCCAGCCAGAUGUUCUCGGAUAUAGGAUAUCACUACAUGAUCGGAGGCAACGGAAAGGUCUACGAGGGCAGGAGCACCAACCAAAGAGGAGCAUUUGCUGGCUCAAAUAACGAGGGAACACUGGGAAUAGCCUUCAUUGGUACAUUUGUAAACUCCCUCCCGAACCAGGAGGCCUUGGAGGUGGCCCAAAGGUUGCUAGAACAGGCCGUCCAGCUGGGUCAGCUACUGGAAAACUAUAAGCUAGUGGGACACCGACAAUUAAGCGCCACCGAGAGUCCCGGAGAGGCACUCUACGCACUCAUAAAGCAAUGGCCGCAUUGGAGUGCACAAAUUUAAAUAAUAUGAGAUACAAAAUUGAAAAAAAUAUUAACAAUUUCAUAAGAUUUCGACACGUAAAGACCACUCCUUACACAUUUAUUUUGUAAAUAUAAUUAUGUAUAAUUUGUUUUUUGCUUAAAUACGAAUACUAAAAUUGUAAUUUUGUUGA